AUGAAGGUGGACGCAGAAGCCAGGGAAGCAGUGCCGGCCUGCAACGUCACCCUGAUUGCUAGUAAUACAGAAUCACCAGUGUCAUCCCUUGAUGACUGCGGUGUGAGUGAGACAGAGGGUAUAUCGUCACCUCAGAAGGCGCUACUUGCCAAGCUGGAGGAAGAAAAUAGAAGAAUCGAGGCGGACGCUAAGAGCCCCUCGCUCACUACUGUCCACAGCCGCAAGAGCUCGGACACAUCACAAAUAUCACUGGCCUCUGCCACAAGUUCAAGUCAUGAAGAGGCAAGGGUUGCUACAAACGGAGAGGAGGAUCUGUGGGGUUUGUGGGGCAGAUUGGUCAGCAACUGGGAGAAUGAAUGGCGGCGACGCAACCAGUUUGUGAGGGAUUUGGUGAGGCAGGGAGUGCCUCAUCAUUUCAGAGGAAUUGUAUGGCAGCUGCUGGCUGGAGUCGAUUCGUCGCCGGAGAAGAAGUUGUAUGCGUCUUAUAUUAAGGCCAAAUCAGCUUGUGAAAAAGUGAUUAGACGUGACAUAGCCAGAACGUACCCAGAACAUGAUUUCUUUAAGGAAAAGGAUGGAUUGGGUCAGGAGUCGCUAUUCAAUGUGAUGAAGGCGUAUUCGCUACAUGAUAGAGAAGUUGGCUAUUGUCAAGGAUCUGGGUUCAUAGUUGGAUUGCUUUUAAUGCAGAUGCCAGAAGAAGAAGCCUUCGCGGUUUUGGUUAAAAUAAUGCAACAGCAUCGCAUGCGGGACAUGUUCAAACCCAGUAUGGCUGAACUCGGUUUAUGUAUGUUUCAACUGGAAAAUUUAGUUCAGGAACUGCUGCCAGACCUGCAUGUUCAUUUCCAAUCACAGAGCUUCAGUACAUCGAUAUACGCUAGCAGCUGGUUCCUGACUUUGUUCACCACAACGCUGUCCCUACCAUUGGCAUGUCGCAUAAUGGACGUGUUUCUCUCCGAAGGUAUCGAGAUCGUUUUCAAGGUCGCACUAGCGAUGCUCACACUCGGCAAGAAUGAUCUGCUAUCGCUGGAUAUGGAAAGCAUACUCAAGUAUAUACAGAAGGAGUUACCAGCGAAGGCGGAGGCAGAUCAAGAUGGUUUCAUGAAUCUAGCGUAUUCAAUUAAAGUUAAUCCAAAGAAAAUGAAGAGAUUGGAAAAAGAAUACACUGUUAUAAAGACGAAAGAGCAAGGGGACAUCGCUGUCGUUAGAUGCCUGCGUCAAGAGAAUCGUAUUCUGAAACAGCGUGUGGAGCUUUUAGAGAAGGAGAGCUCUGCGUUGGCUGAGCGUUUGGUUCAAGGUCAAGUGGACAGAGCCGAGGGUGAGGAAGAAACAUUCGCACUGGCGAGAGAAGUGCAGGCCUUGAGGAGGGCCAACGUUGACGCUCAACAAAGACUGGCUGUGGCCCAGGAUGAGAUACGAUCGCUGGAGAUGACUAUUGCUGAGAAUAACUCAAGACAAUCAUCCCUAGAAGGUACCGAGGGUAAUAACGUUAAAGGUGAGGAGUUAGCGCGUUGUCUUCAAAGAGAACUGGUGAGGGCCAGACUGGAUGCUGCAGAGAGACAGGCUCAAGAAAGGGAACUGAUCGCGAGGAUCGCUGAACUAGAGAACGAAAAUAAGACGCUGAGAAAGCAAAGAGUUGACAAUAAUGUGGCACACUUACAGGACGAGUUGAUAGCCGUUAAGCUUAGAGAGGCCGAAGCUAAUUUAUCCUUGAAAGAUCUUCGGACACGUGUUACAGAACUAUCGGAGGCUUGGCAGAGACAUUUACAAGAACAUAGACAAGAAACUCCAACGCCUCCCGCACAGUCCAACGUGGUCUCAGAUAUAAUGGCCACCCCCAAGAAACUGUUGCGAGCCUGGGAGGGAAGAUCCACUGACAUGCAGAAAGUUGAGGAGGAACUUAUGACUGUUAAAAUACGUGAGAUUGAAGCACUCACGGAAUUGAAGGAGCUAAGGUUGAAGGAGAUGGAGCUGCGUACUCAAGUGCAGGUGUCGACGAACCAGCUGCGACGGCAGGACGAGGAGCUGCGACAGCUGCGCGAAGAGCUGGAUGCAGCGCUACAAAGAGAACGAACUCUGGUUACAAGACAGAGGGAGUUCCAGCAUAAAUACGCUGACCUUGAAAGCAAGGCGAAAUAUGAAUCCAUGCAAGCGAAUAUUAGAAAUAUGGAGGAUGCCCAGAGAAUAGCGGAGCUGGAAACAGAAGUCUCUGAAUAUAAAUUAAAAAAUGAGGUAAUGGCUACAGAGGGUGAACUCCGCAAUGUGAGCAAUAUGGAUGACUCGGAGAGAGUUCGGGAAUUACAGGAACAGGUUGCUGAGCUGAAGGCUGAGCAGGUGAUGAGGUUACAGGCGUGGCGUUCCCGAGUGUACGGGCAAAGUUUUAGCAGAUCUGUCUCCUUAGAGGAAGACUUGGAGGACGAUGAAAAACUCAAACUAACAUUACGCAGGGAGUCAGCCGCUUCGCUCGACAUGAAAAAGACGUAG